AUAACUAAAAUUAGAUUUAAGGUAAAAAUGAAUCAGUAAAGAUAAAGUUUAAAAUCAGAAUGUGACUAUUUAAAUAAGGUUCAAGUAUAGCCUUUUAUGUCUAAAAUGAAAGCAGUUUUCCAUAUAUGGAUACUCUUAUAGUCAAAAUUCAGAGAGAUGACACAGGCAAUAUAGUAUAUAUUGAGCAACCUGAAGAUAGAUUGACAUAUGUAAGAUCUGAAGACUUAAAGAUUUGUAUAACUUAAAAAGAAGGAAAAGGUACGUUAUAAUCGACACAAUGCCAUUCAACGUAUAUGAUGAUGAAAUUGCAGCAGUUGUCAUUGACAACGGAUCAGGAAUGGUGAAAGCAGGUUUUGCCGGAGAUGAUGCACCACGAGCAGUAUUUCCUGCCAUAACUGGUCGUCCUAGAUAUCAGUCGGUGAUGGUUGGAAUGGGAAAUAAAGACAGUUACGUUGGAGAUGAAGCACAGAGUAAACGUGGAAUGUUAACAUUAAAGUAUCCCAUAGAACAUGGAAUAGUUACAAAUUGGGACGAUAUGGAGAAAAUAUGGCAUCAUACAUUUUAUAAUGAACUCAGAGUGGCUCCAGAGGAACACCCUGUUAUGUUGACAGAGGCACCUCUUAAUCCUAAAGCUAACAGGGAACGUAUGACUCAGAUUAUGUUUGAGACAUUUAAUAGCCCGGCUUUCUAUGUGAACAUCCAGGCUGUCUUGUCCCUGUACGGCGCUGGAAGAACAACUGGAAUUGUCCUAGAUGCUGGUGAUGGCGUGUCUCAUGUAGUGCCAAUCUAUGAAGGAUACGCACUUCCACAUGCCAUCAAACGACUUGAUCUCGCUGGGCGAGAUUUAACAGCAUAUUUACAACGUAUUCUUCACGAAAGAGGUUAUAAUUUCGUCACCACAGCUGAGAGCGAGGUUGUAAGAGAUAUUAAAGAGAAAAUGUGCUAUACCGCACUUGAUUUUGAACAGGAAUUGGAUACUUCUUCUAAAUCAACUGCGAUUGAAAAAUCGUAUGAACUACCAGAUGGAACCCUUAUUACCAUUGGGAAUGAACGUUUUCGUUGUCCAGAAGUAAUGUUUCAACCAUCAUUCACUGGAAUGGAGUCUUGUGGAAUCCAUGAAAUGAUACACAAUUCAAUCAUGAUGUCUGACAUUGACAUUAGAAAAGAUUUAUACAACAACGUUGUCUUGUCAGGAGGGUCCACUAUGUUUCCAGGGAUUGCUGAUCGUUUAAAGAAAGAAAUGGACGCCAUUGUUCCAAGUUCAAUGAAAACAAGAAUCAUUGCUGCACCAGAACGAAAGUAUUCAGUGUGGAUUGGAGGUUCCAUACUUGGUUCAUUAUCCACGUUUCAACAGAUGUGGAUAUCAAAGAUGGAAUACGAUGAAUGUGGACCAAGUAUUGUGCACAGGAAAUGCUUUUAAAUACAUUUUCAGCUUGACAUGCAUAAUAACUUUACGGGUGCUGCCACCAUAGAUGUGUCUUUCGUUACAUUUGUAACUCGAUAAACAAACCAGUGUCAUUUGAUAUUAUUUAUAUAGUUUAACAUAAUUUUUUAUUGAGAUUUGUCAAAUUAAGCCAUGAUUCAUUAUGUAUUAUCAUUUUAUGUUGUUAAGUUUUUUAGAUAUAAU